AUGAGAGUAGUUAUACAGAAAGUCAAGAGUGCCUCUGUCACAGUUGAUGAAAAGGUGAUCUCGUCAAUUGGAAAAGGUUUAAUGAUCUUGGUUGGAAUCACUUCUUCGGAUACAAAGGAUGAUGUGUUGAAACUAAGCAAGAAGUUAUUGGCCCUCCGCGUAUUUGAGGAUAUGACUCUACCAGCAGGAACCACUACAAAGUGGUAUGGCAAACCAUGGGCCAAAUCCAUUGUCGAUAUUGAGGGUGAGAUCUUGUCUGUGUCGCAAUUUACACUUUAUGGUACGUUGAAAAAGGGAACCAAGCCGGACUUCCACAAGGCUGCAAAAGGUGCAGAGGCCAAGAAUCUUUACGAUACCUUAUUGGAGGAGUUGAGAAAGGGGUUGGGACAGGAUAACGUUAAGGAUGGCGAGUUUGGCGCAAUGAUGGACGUGGCAUUGGUCAAUGACGGACCAGUCACUUUAGUAUGGGACACACUGGACAACAUUUUAUGA